AAAGGAGGUGGAAGGGGGAGGAGUGGGUGUUUCAUGUCACAUUCUUGUUUGUUCCACACCAGAAAACAGUUUUAAUGAAUGGGAUGGACGCCGUUACUAUCAAGGAGUGUGCUGAAAGUAGACAGCAGCAUCCUGAGUUGCCAUUCAUUCAGAGCUGAAAAUAACAUGUGGGUGUUGAAGAGGAUAUAGUGGAGGAUGUGUAGUUUGUGUAUCUGCUCCUGUGUGUUGUUUAGAGUCUUGAAAGGGACCUCCGCUUCUCUGCUCUUUCACUGGUCAAACUGAAAGGUGGGAGUGGUUUAGACCCACAGUUAGGAAGUUUUAACCACUUUGGAAAGUGGUCGGGGGCUUGAUGAAAGCAGAUGCAGUCGGACGCACACUACCUCAAAUUCCUGAUGGCUUACCCUCCUCCUACCAAUGAGAGGUAAUAAAAGGAAUCUGAAGGACUUCAAGAGAGUUUACACUUGAAUGCUGCAGGGAAGAGACAAGCAAUCACAGAGAAAAAGAUCAAAGAAGCUCCAAAACUCCAAGGGAUUAGAUCUGAAUUAGUAGGGGGAAAAGGCUCUGCUAUGAAAAUGCUGAAUGUGGACCUGCUGCUGUUGGGCUUCUUCCUUGGCCUGGAAACAGGACACGGUGGUGCUAGUAAGAGACAAUAUCAGAUCCAAAAUGGACCAUGCAGCUACACGUUCCUAUUGCCUGAACAAGAAAACUGCCAGAGUCAGAACGACUACAACUAUGCUGUUCAGAAGGAUGGACCCACAGAUGAGUCUGCUCAGAGGCUGGAGCAGCUGGAGAUGAGCAUGGAGAACAACACACAGUGGCUGCUUAAGUUGGAGAACUACAUUCAGGACAGCAUGAAGCAAGACAUCCUCUAUUUCCAACAAGCUGCUGUUCACAACCACACAGCGACAAUGAUUGAAAUUGGGGCGAACCUGCUGAGUCAAACUGCUGAGCAAACAAGGAAGCUAACAAACGUGGAGGCACAGGUAAUUCAUCACACAACACGUCUGGAGCGUCAACUUCUUGAAAAUUCAUUGUCAACCAACAAGUUGGAAAAACAACUCAUUGUCCAAACAAAUGAGAUCAGCAAACUAAAUGACAAAAACAGCUUUUUAGAAAAGAAAGUGCAGGAGAUGGAGAAGCAGAGCCAGGUGGAGCUCAAGGCUCUGCAAGAAGAAAGAGAGCAGCUCCAGACUUUAAUGUUGAGGCAGACACGAAUCAUUGGUGAGCUGGAGCAGCAACUACUGAAAGUCUCUUCCAACAACUCCGUCCUUCAUCAUCAGCAGCAGGAGUUGCUGGACACCGUGAACGCCCUCAUAUACACACUGUCUGCUGGAUCUGCUCAAGUGCCCAAAACUGUGAUGAUGCAGGACACUCCUACUUUCUACACGGACUGUGCUGCUGUCUACACGUCAGGAAACACACAAAGCGGCGUCUAUACUCUCACAAUACCUAACACAACCAUGGAAGUAAAGGCUUUCUGUGAUAUGGAAACAGAAGGAGGUGGGUGGACAGUCCUACAAAAGCGCUUUGACGGCCAAGUUGACUUUCACCGUACGUGGGAAGAGUACAAAAAGGGAUUUGGAGAACCAUCAGGUGAAUUUUGGCUGGGAAAUGAGUUUGUCUCUAGACUGACAAACCAACGGGCUUAUAAACUGAGGAUUGAACUGAGUGACUGGGAAGAAAACUCUGCUUUCUCACAAUAUGACCAGUUUUCUCUCAGCUCUGAGGCACAAAACUACAAGAUACACCUUAAAGGCUACAGUGGAACUGCAGGCAAAAUAAGCAGCAUCGGGCAGCCAGGAAGUGAUUUUAGCACAAAGGACGCAGACAAUGACAAAUGUGUUUGCAAAUGUUCACAACUGACAACAGGAGGCUGGUGGUUUGAUGCCUGCGGUCCAUCCAAUUUGAAUGGCAUGUUCUACCAACGAGGCCAAAACGCCAACCGCUUCAAUGGAAUCAAAUGGUACUACUGGAGAGGAUCAGGCUACUCGCUGAAGUCCACAGCGAUUAUGAUGAGACCAGCAGACUUUAAAGGCUCACUUUAAAAGCAGAGCAUGUUUAGAAGAAAAUGGAGAAAGGAAAAUGCUGCUCACCAAAAAUAAGAAAAGCUGGGGGGGUUAAUAAAAAAAAACAUGUUUAUAAAUUAAAUGUUUUUGUCAAUUUAUAUUUAAUGUGGAGAAAAUUGUGAAACAAAGCCAUGGGCACAUUGUAAUUGUAAUGAAAGUUAUGAAUUUCAUUUCAAUCCAAAAACACAUUUACCAGGAAUUUAGGAUUAUAUACAUUUGUAAAAAGACUAUGGUACAAUGUGCAGAAAAAAUUUCCCAAACUAAUCAUCGUUUUCUCUUAAAAUGUAAAUAUCAUUGUAAAAAGAAUAGCAGAAAUAACAGUUUUGCCUUUAAUAAUAUAUGUAGAUUUUUUUGUUUAAUUUAUAUGUAGAUAUUUAAUUUUAUUAUAGGAUAUUUUUCAUUUAUAUGACUUUAUCUGCUGUACUUUGGCACUAGUUCCUACGCCAUAACAUUUUUUCCUGUUAGAUUCUGAUUUUUCGGGGAGGACUUUUUCCUAAUACAGAAAUAUAAAUAAAUUGACUUAUCACAACAAUAUUUACAACAUUUGAGCAAGCUUUUAUGCAGUUGCAUCCACUAUAAACUCAAUAAAUUCAUCAUGUUACAAGUU